CAGCAGAGACAACAGGAGAGCUUUACCAACACAGCCCAGUAUGGCUUACACAGGCAGAGAAAGGAGAUAAAUCCACAGCUAUCAAAGACCUUCAGGACAGGGAGAUGGCAUUUGACAGGAGGGUAUUUGUCAGGCUAUCAUAGAUGCUAAAAUCUGGUUGAACAAGGAGAGACAUGCCAGGGCAGAAGAAUGUCUGGUACUGUAUGUAUUAUUCUUGUCAUCUCUUUCAUCUACCUGGACCUACUUGGUCUCACAUUGUUGGCCUCCCUGGACCCCUCCAGUGUCAAGACUUCAGUCUCCUUGGAACUCUUUAAAAUCCCCUUUUCAGAUUCUUUGGCUUUAUCCAGUCUGAGCUCCUCUGCGGACUUCUCCAGUCUCACUUCUUCAUCUUCUCUGGACCUUUCAAGUCUCACAUCUUCAGCCUCUUCAGACUUCUCUAGUAGCUCCUCUCCAAUCUCCUUAGAGCUCUCCAGUCUCUCCUCUUCAGAUUCCUGGGAGCGCUCCAGUUUCACCUCUUCAAUUUCACCGGACCUAUCAAAUCUCAGUUCACCAGGCUCUCUGGAUCUCUCUGGAGACAGUUCUUCAAUCUCUUUAGAUUUCUCAAGCCUCACCUCUAUACCCUCUACAGAUUUCUCCAGUCCUACUUCUUCACCCUCUCUAGACCUCUCCAGUCUCACUUCUCCGUCCUCUCUCGAUGUUUCCAGUCACACCUCCUCAGCUUCCUUGGACUUUUCCUGUACAAUCCCUCCAUCCUCACUAGGUGUAUCAGAGCACACCUCCUCAACCUCUUCAGAAUCACUAGAUCUCACCAAUUUUAACUAUUUCAUGUUUCAGGGCUCCUCCGAAUUAUCCUCAUCAAACUCUGACGAUGUUUCUAAUUUCAUCUCUACACCCUUUCUGGAUGUCUCCAAUCUCACCUUUCAGGAUCCUUCUUCCCUCACUUCCCCAGUUUCUUUGGUCAUUUCUAAUCACACGUCUUUAGUUCCCCCAGACCUAUCCACUCUCACAUUUCUGGAUGUUGCUAAUCACACGACUUCAGCUUCUCUUGAUCUGUGCAUCUAACCCUCUUAACAUAUCCCUCCUUCUCUCUGCAACCUCGCUAUAUCUUUCUAAACUUUCCUCCUUUGUGUGCUCUUUCCUAAAUUCUGUCUCUGAAAGUUCUUAUCUGAGGAAAGUUUAGGGCUAUACAAAUAUAUUCUGUCAUCUAAACAGAAUGGGGCAUGAAUACAGGUUGUACAAAUCUAUAAUGGUGCCUUGUUUACAGCUGCGUAAAGAUCAAUAUAUAUUCUGGAGUUUUUGUACAGCACAAUUUCUGUCACUAAUCCAAUUUCCAUUCUGCCUCAGCAUGGUACCUCUCCUAAAGGUUUAACUUUUUUUAUUAUUUUUGAAUUUUUAUCUAUUAAGAUCAACAAAUAGUAAAUAAAGCUAAAUGUGCAAAUAAUUGUGUCCAAGUUGUAUAUCUCCAUUAUGGAUUUAAAUCUGAGUGCAUUGCACAAAAUUGCAGGCAGAGGCAUUCCACGUGAAGGGACGAAGAGAAAAGAUGUGGUGGGAAAACUGGGGGAAAAAAGAGCAGGUGAGAAACAGGGGUAAGGAGGGGAAUCGGAUAAGGUGUGGGACAGGAAUAGAAGGACACACAACUGGAAGAAAGAUGUCCAACUCUGCUAGCGUGAUUUUUCUCUACCAAGCCAUAUUUGUGGCCUGGGCUGCCCACGAGACUUAAAAUAAUCUUAUUGAUAACUAUUUUAUUUAUCAAAUCAUGUGAAGUUACCAUCAAAACAGCAUUUAUCUAUUACAUCCCCUUUAUUAAUAUAUAUAAGUAGUGAAAUUGUGUUGUAUCAAAUAUGUUGCACAGGUAGCAGAGAGAGGCUUCCUUAAAUCGUUGUUUUCUUGUAUCUUUUUCUUAUGGUUAUUAUAAUUGGGUUUUAGAAAACAAGUAUAUUUUGUUUCAAUAUCAUAUCACUGGCACGCUUUCUGUGUUAAAACUGUCAAAGCAAAUAUUUUUAAACCGAUUUAUUUUUACAAGGUGAAAAACUUUUCUCAGUGCCUGUCUCAAAAUUAGGAUAAAAAUGGCUCACAAAAAAAU